AUGGGUUGGAAAGAAGCAAAGGACCCUCAGGGACGGGUUUAUUAUUACAACGAUGAGGGACAGACUACAUGGGAAAAGCCCGAAGAGUUGUUCACUGCGUUUGAGAAGCGAUUGUUGAGCCAUGGGUGGAAAUCAGCCUUGACUGAGGAUGGGAAAGUAUACUACUAUAAGCCCUCUACUGGGGAAACGACUUGGGAGGCUCCAAUCAAGGACGAAGUUGUGGCAGAAGAGGAACAGAAGCAGCAGCAGCAGCAGCAGCAGCAGCAGCAGCAGGAACAGGAACAAAAAGACACACAAGAUAGCGGCGAGGUUGCGAGCCACGAGUUUACCGGGACUUUGGACGAUGGUGAUGGCAAGUACAGCAAUAACUCAAAGCUUUUAGUAGCGCGAAAAGCCAGCUCGAAGGAAGAAGCGGAAAAGGCUUUUCUCCAAAUGCUAGCUGAUUAUCAGGUAGAUUCUACAUGGUCCUUCGACAGGAUCAUUAGCGAGAUCGGGAGCAAAGACGCCAGGUACUGGAUGGUAGACGAUGACCCGCUCUGGAAACAAGCUAUGUUUGAUAAAUUUCUAUCUAAUAGAUCGGAAUCGGAAUUGAUCAACGAACAUAAACACUUGGAGAGAUUCGAGCAAGCUUUUGUGGAAAUGUUAUCAAAACUACCGACGAUUCAUUAUUAUUCACGCUGGCCCACAAUAAAAAGACAAAUCAUGAACGAACCGAUCUACAAGCACUCUGUUGUCGCGGAGAAGCAAAAAAGACGUACCUUUUUGAGAUACAUUGCUCAGCUGCAGCAGGAGCAUCAGGAACAAAAUAACAAGGUGAGGAACGAAGCAUUGAAGGAAUUGACGCAGUAUUUCGUUAGCAUUUCGGAUGAUAUCGAGCCUGUCAAUGUACCCUGGAGCAAAUUUGCUACAAAAUAUUUGUGGGGAUCCCCAAGAUUCGACUCCAAUAAGAAUUUCAAAUCGUUGACCAAGGGCGAUGUAUUCCAAAAGUACACAACAUUUGUGGAAGAAAAGAUGACAGACUUAAAAGCACGCAUAGAAGAACACCGCCGCCUGAAUUAUAGAUCAGACAGGAAGGCUAGAGAUGCGUUCAAAGAACUACUUAACGAACUAUCCCCACCUAUCAAAUACAACACCACAUGGAAGGAUGUAUAUCCACUUGUAAAAGAUGACCCCAGAUUUACAGCAAUGCUUGGGCGUAACGGGUCCUCGGCGUUGGACUUAUUCCUAGACAAGGUGGAAGAAUCCGAAUUGGUCAUGAGAGCUAAAAGCUCCGUGGCUAACCAAGUCUUGAUUUCGAAUAACCUAGAUUUGGAAACUAGCAGCAUGGAAGAUAUAUCCACUGCACUAAAGCAAAGCGUUCACCUCAAUGAUCUCAGCUCAGAGGACAUCACAAGUUUGAUAAACAGAUUGAAAGAAUCCCACUACAGGAAGAAGCAAGAAGCACGGCGUAGAGAAUUAGAACCCCAACUAGCUACUCGAGAGGCCAAAAUAUUUGAAGACAAGCUCAUAAAUAUUUUCUCAACCAAGGACCUGACACUCGGCCCUACAUCUUCCUGGGACGAUGUCCUAAACCAAAUAAAGGAUGACCCAUCGUAUCAAGUUUUGUCCCCAGACCUAGGGAAACUAAUAUUCGAGAAUCUCGCCAACAAAGGGAUCACCUCUAGGAAAAGGCAUUUGGAAGCUCCAAAAUCUAUCACAGAUCUCGAUUAUUGA